AAAAAAGUCAACCUUCGUCGCUGGACGAUGAGAGGGAUUCGCGCGAUGCUUGUCGCUAGCACCACCACCACCACCACGUUCCCACACACUCGCACUCCCCCCUUUUUCGCUCGACCCCAACCAACUGCUCUGCUCCAUCAUGUCGCUGCUCACCACUACGUCAGCACCGGCAGGAGGUCUAAAAUCCCGCCUAUUGGAGCCAUUCUUUCCGCUCAUCUUGCUAGCCGCACUGCUCUACUAUGGUCUUGUGGGAGCGAUCCUGCUGCAAGUCCGAGCAGCCACGCUAGACCUGAAACCGUGGAAGCUGCUCAGUCCAUGGGCUUGGAGAGAUGCCGUCUUGGCCCACGGAUUUCCCAUCAUCUUGGAGGGAUCGGACAAGACGUGGAAGGAGGUCAAGGAUGAGCUGAUCAGGGCUAAUGCGAGCGGCAAAGUGCUGGAAGUGGGAGCGGGAAGCGGAAUGACGCUCAAGUACUACGAUACGGACAAGGUGACCUCCCUGACACUGCUAGAGCCAUUCGCUUCGCUGCAUGCUCCUCUGCGCAAAGCAGCCUCGGAGCUCGCACUGCGCAAGGACCGCGUGCACAUUUUACCCUUUGGCAUUCAAGAGCGCGAGGAGCUGCGCAAGCAAGGUGUCAAGCAGCGCGGCUACGAUACCAUCGUUUUGGUUCAAGUGCUGUGCUCCAUCCCAGAGCCAAAGUCGCACCUCGAAUACCUGCAGUCGCUCCUGGCCCCCGGAGGCAAAUUGUUGCUGUUCGAGCACGUCUUGAGCGGCUCGACGCUCACGCGACUGGAGCAGUACGCUUGGACAUACACCAUGUGGAGAUUCGUAGCCAAUGGGUGCUGCUUGGAUCGAGCAUCGGGAGAGUGGGUUAGGGACAUUGGAGGUUGGAGGGAUGUGCAGCUCAUGAGACCCAAGGACGAGAACAGCGCCGCCCUCGUCCCUCACGCCGUAGGCAUCUUCACAAAGGCUUGAAAUUCAGGCUCUGCGGCGGGAUGAAAAAGGUAAUUCCCCUGCUUUCUGAAAUGCCGCAAAACUCCGAACUAGGUCGCAGCGGUACGCCGGCUGCUCAAUCUUUGCAAAUCAUGCGAUAGCGUACAAGCGUGGCCGUGUGAAGAGGACUCAGCUCCGGCAGCGCAUAGACGAGGUGAAGAUGCUAGGCUGCCACAUCGGAACCAUCGGCAGCCUUGUUUAUUGCUCCUUCUUGAACUUGCUCGACUGCGGAGAGAAGAGGCUUUUCAGCGUCCGAGAGCAGCAAAGUCUUUGCGAUUGUAUGCGAAGAAAUGGUAUGCGAAAUGGUCCACCUCUUCCAUCCUCGUGCAGUCCUGCACUGCAUGCUCUUUGUAACCCCAGCACUCACCCCAAGGCCUCUUGCACAUCGGACAUGCACCUUCCUCGCCCCUCUCCCUCAUCGGCUCGAGCCACUUGAGAAUGCAAUGCAUGUGAAAUACGUGCGUGCACGU